UUGACUGAAUGUGGUGGUACUUCUUCUAGUUUGUCUAGAAGUGCUGGAGUCAGUGUUAAUCUUCAAACAUCGGAUGAAAGUGCUAAACCCCCUGAAACGUCUAUUGAUACUGUUGAAUCUUCUUGUUCGUCUGCUGUGGUUGUGGUCCCUACAACUAAGUCCACUACUCCUAAUACAUCCGCAAGCACUCCGGCUUUUGAAAAUGUGUAUCAAUAUUCUAAACGUGGUGCAAAAUACGACCGUAUAACAGAUGCUAUUGCGUAUUUUAUUGCUGUUGAUAACAGGCCGUUUUAUGCGGUUGAAAGAAAAGACAUUUGGACAGAGACAUUGACUAACACUGGUUAUCUGGGACUUACGGUCCAUAUUUUGCAACAGAAUGUAUUACAAUCUAUGGCUAUUGGAGUUUUCGAAUUAGAAGAAAGUCAUACUGGCGAGUACAUUGGACAACAAUUGACAGGAAUAUUAAGAAGUUGGAAUAUAGAUACUGAAAAAGUUAUGGCUUUCGUUACAGAUUCUGGUGCAAAUAUGAUUAAAGCUAUAAGAGAGACGUUUGGGGCACACAAACAUAUUCCAUAUUUUGCUCACAUGAUAAAUAAAGUUUCUGAAGAGGCCAUAAGAAAAACUUCCGGACUGAAUGAUAUAAUAGAGCAUGUUAAGAUUAUAGUAAAAUAUAUAAAAAAGAGACAAGACAUGGCAUUGGAAUUAAAAAGAAAGGAAAUAGAAAAUAAAAUACCCGAUGGAAAAACUCUUAAGUGA